UUAUGGUCCUUUCUGUCACUUUAUUAAAAAAAUCAAUUAUUGUUUUUGGAUUUGUAACCAUUUCCAAAGCUUGCUUGUUGGCUGGAUUGCAAUUUUUGAGGUUUAGUGAAUCUUAUUUUUCCUAUAAUCGACAAUGUGCAUAAAAGAUAACACGGUAAUAACUUAUUAAACGUUCCAAACACAGGCAAAAUCUUGUAAGAAUACAUCAAAUCGGCGUCCACUGACAGAGCUGGGUGUGGUGUUAACAUUGAAGAAAGAAAAACAAAAAUAAUUUUUUGUGACAAAAAAGUUUAUGACCAUAUUGUGGUCAUAAACUGUGAAGUGUAGUGCAACAAGAUGGAGCUGCCCGACUGUCCCCCGGGGGCAGAGGGCUAUCAAGAUACUGUUGUUGAAGUGCCCAAAAAACCCGAUAAGGACGAGACUGAGUGUACAAAGGCGGAGCAAGAGUUUCAGGCGCACCUGAACAGUUUGAAGGUGAAAGUUGAGGAUGGGACAACCCGGUGCAUGGUUGAGCGGCGUGGGCGCGACGUGUCUCACAACUGGAUCUACUUGUGUUAUCCCUGCGCCGCCGUCUGCUGCGGGGAGAACAUACUACAAAUGCAUAUAUCGGGAAAGAAGCACAAAACCAAGCUGACGAUUAAGAGCGUUUGGCCACCGAGCAUUUUUGAAAAUCAUCCAUACAUACUCAAAGAGAAGGGGAUAAUCAAAACUGGAACUGCUGCAACACCGAAGCUGAAUCAAAAGAUGGCCGAGGAAGUUUUUCUUCAUCAAAAUUUAGAAACGGAUAUGAAAUAUCAAAAAUACAGAGUCACUUGUCACAUUCAAGAGACAAUGGAUCAAGUCAAGACUCCGUUACUAGGCACGGAGUACCUGGUGGAGCACCCGCCGGAAGGAGGCAAUCAGGAGCCUUCGUAUCUGUGCACGUUGUGCACCAAGCAGGGUCACCAGCGCACCAUCGUUAACCACAUGACAUGCUACCAUCAUCGCUGCAAUUACUUUGCGCGUCAUUUCUACAAAGCAUGGAAACUGCUUGCGCCGCAUCGACGUCGGUUGAACGCGCGUGUUGGUGUCAUGACCGUUGUGAACAGACUGGCGCAGCGCAUAGAGGACAAGUACGGCCGUCUCAAACCUGUCAACAUAGACAAGGAUGAAUUUGAUAGAGACAAGGAAGCAAUAAUUCAAUGGAUUUUCAAAGGAUACCAUUUUUCUGAAGACCUGGGACACACUUUUGAAGAGGUUGUAGACGAGGAGUUGAUUAAAUCACUUACAGAAUCCACUAAGGAAAAAAGAGAUGAAAGAAAUCCAUCCCCGCCCGUUGUGUCCGCGCCUACACGACCUCGGACAUCCUCAGUUAAUACUGGUCAUCAAGAUGUUCGCGCCGGGUCCGUGGAGUCGCUGUCCGAUGUCAGCGAGGACGAGCUGCAACGCGACGGACCUACUUUCAAUAAAGAGAAGAAACAACAAGACCCGUAUUCAAACAAUCGUGGUCAGAUUCGAUCACGUUAUGCUAAUAAAAAUGCUACAGAUAAUAAAGCGAAGCCAAGUAAUAAAAAUUACAAAAUGGUCCUACUGCAAGAGAAGAAGCGAUUAGCAAUAGAUGCCGCCAAAGAGACGCUCGCCUACCACGAGAAGAACCCAGAGAAGCAUCCGCUGUACCCCGAGGAGUGGAAGAAGUUCUGGAACAAGCGCUACAAGGAAAUACAAGCCGAGGGCAAAGAUCCAUCGAAACACGAUUUCAAAUCGGAAUGGAUACCAUUCUGGACGUCGCGUAUGAAAGAGUUACACGACGAGGAACUGCGGAUUAAUAUCUCAGAGCUGUAUCGGAAGAUGGGCGUGCCGCUGCCCGAGUCCGAGCUCAGCAUCCUCAGCAGGCACUCGCCCGACGACAGGUCCUCCGGCGGGAGACGCUCGCCCAGCUCCAGAGGACGCCCCAGAUCUAACAGUCGCUCGCCUCACAAGAACAGACCGCUCGGCCCGAGAAGGAGGUCUCCUAUCCCCAGGAGGCGAUCUCCCGACCCGAGGAGGAGGUCCCCUAUCCCUAGAAGACGAACUCCCGACUUCAGAAGAAGAUCUCCGGAUAUGAGAAGACGCUCUCCAGAUAUGAAGAGAAGGUCACCCUUCCCGAGGAGGCACUCGCCCGAUGGAUACGAUGGUCCGCCCUCACCUAAACGCAAGUCGCCGUACACUAGGCACAGAAGUCCUACGAGCUAUCGCAGAGAUAGAAGCAGGUCUCCAAUGAUGCGACGUCGCACACCGGAGCACCAUCACAGCCGCUCUCGGAGCCCUUAUAAAAGGCGGUUAGAAUCGCCCGGAGUGUACAGCAGAGAAGGCAGGCGGCGCGACAUGAGCCCGCUGUCGCAGCGCGUGGAGCACCGCAACCUCAGCCCCAGCGCUCACACCGCGCCCUCCCUGCAGACCGUGCUCAUCUCUGACGAAGAGCUCAGGCCUGACGAUGGACUUUCACCCUGGAACUCCGACAACGACAUCGAUUCCGUGGACUCUAUAAUAGAUAGACGUUCGCACACCGCGAGCGUUGCGUCGCGCUCGUCACGCACCGCACACGGCCCGCACGGCUCGCACGGGGGACACGGACCUCACGUGGGGCACGCCACGCGCUCCGCCCCCGGCGCAAAGCCGCCCGCGCCUCAGGACUUCGGUCCCACUGACAAUGUAAUCGCGACGCUGCGCCUACUUGUCGCACUCGAGGACUACCUCGGCAGCCUGGGACCUAAGGUUGUCGACCUCCUUACCGAAGCUCUCAAGAUGGAAAAGGAGAAGGCGAAUUCGUCGGAGGAGCUGCUGGAGCGCGAAGGUGCGGUUGCAUUGCUCGAGACGGCGAAGGAGAAGCUGAAGGGUGCGGCGCAGGCGGGGCUGGUGACUGGCAGUGCGGCCGCCGCCGUGCGCGCAACCGUCGUGCGCCUCGCAGCCGCACUGCACGAGGCCGACAAACGCAACCGCGACCGCGACACUAACAAUGAAAGCGGUGUGGGGUCGAAGGAAGCUGGUGGUGGUGUGGUGUCAGUGGCGGGUGUGGGGGCGGUGGAUCGCGCGGAGAUCGCGGCGCAGAUGGCGGCCGCGCUGGUGGCCGAGGGCCGCACCGACGUCUCGCCGCAGGAGCUCGAGCAGCUCAUCGACGCUGUGGUCGGAAUGGCUGAAGCAAAGAAACGAGAAAGCGAAGCGAAGAAAAGGAAUCAAUUAGCAUCGGGGACUGCACAGAGUUCGACCCGCACCGGCACCACCAGCGCCCUGCAGAUGCUGCAGUCCGCAUACGAUGACCCGAAUGCCCCACCACCUAGAGAUGAUGCCUCGGAUGCAAUGGACGGCCUGUCGGACUCGGACCUGGAGACGCUGCUGAAGAACUUCAACGAGCUGUCGGCGGAGGAGCAACACAGUCUUAUCGCGUACCUCAAGAAGCUGGAGAUGCGCGCGCCGCAACGCGUUGAGAAGCUGCGCCGGUUUGUGGGCGCGGCCGCUGCCGGAGUGCACGACGCCCCCGACACCGCCCCCGACACCGCCCCCGACACUGCCCCCGGCAACGACCUCGUCACCAUACAGAGCGAUGACGACGACUACACUGUCGAAGAAGUGUUUAAAUCCGCAACGCAAAAAGUAAAAGAGAACCAAAUUCAACAGGAAAUGGAGAUUGUUAAAAAAUCUUUGGAAGAAACAAAAACACUAGUAGAACCAGCUGGUACUACAGAGCCUACAACCACCACGGCGGCGGCGACGGCAACUGGGAACACUGCAUUAAAUAUUUCCUCCGCAGCCGACCUGUUUGCUUUAGUGCACGCAUCGAUACAAUCCACCUCGCUGUCCAAACCCUCCGAAGUAAACCAGACCGCUGAAGUCACCAGCAACAACCAACCGAGGUCUUUCGGCGACAUGCCCGAACCACCAACUGUUAAUAUUGAUGCAACUAAACCUCUCUUAUCUCUUCCAACGCAUAUGGCAUCAGAUUUUCCAAAGCAUCAAUCUCCUAACAGUUAUCAAGGUAGAACGAAUUCCCCUCACAGCCAAAUGAGCUUUGGAACUAAUGACUCCAAUGAAGCUUACAAUGAUAACCAAGGUCAGAACAAUCAGUCUUUGAUGACAGACAAUAUGCAAUCAAUAGUUACCAGCACGCAGAAUAUGGUACAGAAUAGACCUCCUUACAUGGGAGAUAAUCAGGCACCGAACACUGACAAUAGACAGUUCCCAACUAACGACAGUAUACGGCCUCUAAUGGGAAAUAAUAAACUGUCUUUGAUGGGCGAUUAUAGACAACCUGCAGACGGUCGGGAGACUUUCAUGAGUGACAAUAGGCAGCCUAUUCUGGGGAAUAGGCCGCCACUAAUGAGUGACAAUAGACAGACAUUUCAAGGAGGGCAGUCUUUAAUGGGAGAAUACGGACAAACUCCAAUGGAAGACAAUAGGCAGCCCACAAUAGGCAAUAUUAGACCACCGUUAAUGGGAGACAAUAGUCAACCAUCAUUUGGAGAUAAUAGACAGUCAUUAAUGAACGAUAUCAGACAAGGAGACGCCAGGCAGUUUUCAAUUGAAAACAAUAGACCGCCCUUGCCACCAGGGAAUAGGUCGCAAAUACAACCAUUACUAGGAGCCAACAUGCAGUCUUCUUUUGGAGACAACAAUCAGACUCUAGCGGAUAACAGACAGUCAAUGUCAGAUAACAGAUGGCCCGCGCAGCCAGAUAAUAGUCAGUCUUUUGUGCCGAAUGACCAGAUGCAAACGGGAUAUGACAAUUUUAACCAGAAUCGUUUGUAUAAUCAAAGAAGCCGUGGUAAUUUUAGAAACAACUACAAUGCACAAGAUAUGAAUCAACAGCAUUACAACAACUAUCAGAAAAACCCGAAUACAAACUUCAGAGGACGAGGCCGUGGGUUCCAAGGCGGGGGGCGUGGCUUCCAGGGAGGAGGGCGCGGCUUCCAGGGCGGGGGGAGGGGACGCGGCAGGGGAGGAAUGUAACAACGGUAUUCUAAAUAGGUUGCAUUCAUUUACGGCUGUUGUGUUUAUAAAUUGUGUUUUAA